AUCCCAAGAAAUUAAUGCACUCAACUUGGUGGCAACUCGAAUGGCUUUUUGGGGCAGGGUGGCAGCAUCAAAACGAUUUUAGUCGCCAGUCGCAGAGAUUUUUGGUUUUGGGGGAGGUGCGGAAAAACGCUUCUACGAUUUCUUUUUCACCAAUUUUCAACAACAUUUAAACGAACGAACAAGUAACCAGGCCUUAUAGCUGAACUCACCGCAACCGGACGACAGGAAGGACAUCCUUUUGACAUUACUGAGACAUUAUCGAAUCCAACGAAUCCCGAAAUGGCCCACACACAUCUGGGACGAGCGGUGAAAAACAUUGAGGCGCCACGCCCACUGAAGACACAGUCGCGAUCGUCGCUGAAGAACAGCUACUUGGUAAUCGAGGAGCUCAUCCAGCUGAUCGACAGUGUUACCGUGGGCCUGCAGUCAUGCAACACCACGCCCGAUUCGAUCACGUUGCUGCUGCACAAUCUCCGCGUGCACGGACCGCAACUGGAGGCCGUGUCCAAGGACACCCUCGACCGGGCCUUCGUCGUGUUCCGCAACGCUUCGCAGGACGAACGGCUGAACAUUACGACGCGCCUCAAGCUCCUCGAGCUGAUCGAAUUACGCGCCAAGAGCUGGGACAAUGACGACACAAUCGCCUACUACAAGUCCAAGCAGCAGAUCUCCAACGUGGAGCUGCCCACGGAAUAUCAGUACGAUGCCGGCGUGCAGCCAGGCGGACCUUUCAGCACCUCCCCCACAUUCGGUGUCAGCGGCGGUGUUGGCGGUGUCAACGUUGGAGCCGCAGCCGCCGCUGCCGCCGUCUUCAAUGCGGCUUCUGCAGCUGCCGCAGCCCAAGCUGCAGCCAUUGCGGCCGUGGGCUCACCCAACCAGCAGCACAUGCUGCUGCCGCCCGGUGAGGUCAUCCGCAACUCGGGCAAGUUCCCCAAACCGACCAAGAUCCCCGGCAAGACUUAUUGCAAGGAUGAGGUCGUGAUUCGCAACGCUGAUUCCGGAAAAGUCAUGGGCAUCAAGGGGCGACGCGUGCACAUGAUCGAGGAACUUAGCGAAACCAUAAUAUCGUUUCAAAGAGUAAACCCGGGCGCCAAAGAGCGUUUGGUACAGAUUACUGGUCCAGCCGAGGACAAAAUUAACUAUGCCAAGCAACUGAUGGAGGACACUAUCCGUCGAAACGCCUCGCCGGUCCGUCUGGAACCAGCUCCGGCCGCCGGAGGAUCCUGCUCCUCGCUGAACUCUUCAAACUCCGAUGAAGCCAUCGUGCAGCCACGAACUCCGGGCGGCAGCAGUUUGGCCAAUCGGCUGAGCUUCAACUCGGCCCAGAACUUCAUGACUGCCACGGCUGCCGCGCAGCAGAUCUCGCAGCAGGUGCACCACCAGCAGCAACAGCAGGUGCUCCACCAAACGCAUCAUCAGCAGCAGCAGGUUGCCGCAGUAGCCGCCGCAGCAGCAGCGGCAGCACAUGCUCAGGCGACAGCAGCUGCCGGUAAAGUCUUGCGUCCCAGUCAGCAGCUGCUAAUGCACUCAUAUUCCACAAACGAUGCUUCCGUAGGUGAAUACAAGUUCACGGUCAACGUGGGCCAGCACCUGAUCAAGAUCACCGGCGACUGCUGCGAACUAGUGCGCGUGGCCAAGCUCGUGCUCGAUGACUAUUUCAGCAGCUCGGAGUUUUUGGCCUCCAUUGAAGCUGGCGCCGCCUUCGACGGUACUUCUUUAGUGAGCCCAGUGACCACGCCGUCAACUCCUCUCCCGGGCGCCGGGCCACCACAAUUUCUGCUGCCUGGAACAGACAGUGGCAUUGGACUGAACUACGCGGCCUCCUCGGCCACCAACAACAAUGGCGAGGGUGAUGACGAGGUGUUUACUGAACCCAGCAACGGAGGAUCGUCGACUAACAAUCAAAAUGGACUGGCCAGGUCGCGUCGCAGCCACUUUUCACGCAAGGAGUCGACGCCAGAGACCAAGGGAGCUCGCGACAAAUACGACGUGGACGAAUUAGCUGGCCUUAAUCCUUUGAAGUCCAAUGCAUCUCGGGUCUCUUACGAUAUUGAGCACUUGAUCUACUACUCGAUGAGCCCGCACGCAUGGGCCCUGCCCACCGACUGGCAAAAGAUGCAAGAGACAACGCCCUCCAUUCUGCGCAACAAGGAUCUGCAGGAUGAGAGCCAGCGCUUCGACGGUGAAAAGUAUCUGGCCAGCAUUAAGACUGCCGCCAAGCGAGACAUUGUGGCAGCCGAUGAAGUCGAGACCCUGGAUGAAUAAGCCAACCCGUGGAGCGGUCAAAACUGACAAUAUACAUAGAUAAUAUGCAUACGUUAUCAGAGUCCGGGGUGGAGAGCUGAGCUCAGACAGAGCUAAACUGUCCUUUAAUACUUCUGGCCCUAGCCUCAUCUAACAAUCGCAAAAAACAAAACGACCAAAAAAAGUUAAUGAAAAAUUAAGCAACUCAAUGCUAAACUAACCUUAGAAAGUACCAACGACAAAAUCAAAACUUUCAAAAUAACUAGAAAAUUCAACGAAGCUCUUAGUUAAGUUCAAGCGAAAUGGGAAUCGGACUUCCCAAUAUUUACUAAUUUACAAAAUGCAGGCUCGAAACAGUCGUUACGAAGCGGCCUUAACUUGCAUGGGCCAAAUCAAAUGGAAUGCAUUUUUAGUAACUCAAUAGAGAAUGACACACUAUAGUUUGAAAUUAGUUUCUCAUCCUUCUGCAACUUUGUUUCUCCGAACCAAAAAAUUCUCAAAAUGGUAAAUGAAAUGUAUUAAUUCAUCUAUGAGUUUAUUAUUAUUUAAUAUUUCUUUUGUGACUUGCUCUGAAUAUCAUUUUUCAAGAUUUGAAAUUGUAUUUUGUUUUCUCUAGUCUAUGCAUCAUAGAAAUUUUUAUAUUAUUUUUGUUAAAUUCAUGUGGAAAUGUAACACAACGAAAGCCACACCAAAAUUCUUUGAAUUUCUGUUUAUGCUUUAGUUAAUUUAUUUAAUUUAUUUUGUACAAAUACAAAACACAUAUUCUUCAAAAAGAUAUUUGCAAGGAAAAUAAAAUGGAAUCAAGAUCAAA